AUGGACCAGAGGAACUGGAACUACCCCAAAAACAUCUUUCGCCCGAAACUACUGCUGCAUUCACGGGGAAAGAAAUUCACCUCGACCGCUACUGGGCGAUCGUCCUCGACCUUCAAGCAUGACUGCGGGUUCUACAUCUAUGUUGUUGCCACCAAAGAUGGAGCCAACCUGGAGGUCCGAAGUGUGUGUCUCCAACACACUAAUCACACUGUGUCGAAGCCUCUUUCUAAGCAUACACCUCAAAGGCGGAAGGUUGGCCCUGGUUUCAAGCACAGGCCAUUAGCGCACAACAUUCCAAGCACGAAAGUGCCUCUGUCAAAAAAGAAUAAAAAGCCAGAACCCCUGCCCAUUGACAGAGAAAAAAGUGAGCUGCUCCUGUCAAGCCAUCAAAAGCACCAUCGUAAGCCAGAGCAUUACGAUGGUGCUUCUGAUGGCUUGACAAGGUCAGAGACUCUGCCCAAUGACAAUGUAAAAGCCCAAGCACCUGCCUCUGUGAGGCUGGCGCCUGUGCCCUCUGACAGUGCGAAAGGUGAGCCAAUCCCAUCAAGUCAUCAAAAGUACCAUCAGGAGAUUGAACCUCUGCUUAUUGACAAUGUUGAGGAUGAGCCAAUUCUAUCAAGCCGUCAAAAGCACGAAAAAGCUGCAGCAGUUGCUGGCAAGAUUGCCAGAAUGAUUUCUGAAGUCUCGAUGCCAAAGUUUAGACGAAGAUUGCAAGUUCUGGAGGCACUUUUGAGAGACUGGUCUAGCGAUGAGGAUGUGAGCAUUGUAGUAAAGGAGCAAGUGGCAUCAGGUGGCGGGGAGAAGGAUAACCAAUGCAUCACAUCUCCGUGCUUCAAACCUGCAAAUGUUUCAGAAGUACCAGGCAAGAGCAAUGCUGGACACCUUCACUUUGCCAGCAGAUGAAGCUGCUGCCCACCUGUCAUGUGUCACAACUGUUGUGCCAGUCGUAAGUGGGCAGAACAUCAUCCCCCCUACUGUUUUACCAAUGAAAACCUCCGAACCUCUCACCUGUUUCAAUGCUAAUGAGGCAAAUACACCAUCCUCUGAUGCCGUCAAGGAGAUCGAGAUUGCUCCUUGUAUGAGCAACAUCAAGCACCCCAAGGAAAGUAAUGUAACCAUGGUUCCCACAAAAAGAAAAUGUUUUCCAGACUCCGGGCCCUUCAGGUCUCGCACUUCUGAGGAAAAGAAAUCUACAGUCCUAACGUGGCUAGUGGGCGAGGCUGCCACUGCUGGUGCCCUGAAUGGUAGGGUCCUCGAAAAAGAGGACGUUGAAACAAAGCCGGAGUUGCUGCACUGCGGUGUUUUGGACGACAGCGUGGAUGUUAACAUUGUAAGAACUUUCUUCACCAGUGAUGCUUGGAUUGCUGUGACGAGUGUGGUAAACGCGAAACGCUCGGUGCAUCAGUGGGAAUGUGAGGAGUGUCGCGGAGACCUGAAAGAGUUCGACUCGAUUUUGUGCGACUGGUGCCUCGGCUGGUAUCACAUCCCAUGCACACCAUUAAAGAGGCGUCCAAAGAAGAAACUCUGGCAGUGUUCUUAUUGCAUGUGACUUUGUAAGAUAUGUAAUUUUCUUGUGAAUAUUGCACAAAGCUAGCGUCGUUUGUUCUUACUUUUAGAACACAUGAAAUAAGUUUUUGGGCACAG